CGAUACCAAAAGAUCUUUUCUUCGUUUUUUCCUCAACCCAAAACAACAUGGUUCCAUCACUUUGUGCUAAUGGUUGUGGCUUCUAUGGUUCUUCUGCCACCAAGAACCUUUGUUCAAAGUGUUACAUAGACUAUCUCAAAGAAAACGUCACGAAAUCAAAAGAGUGUGAAACCAAGAACUUGAGCGACCAAGCUUUUGUUCUUGAUCAGUCAUCUGCUACUUCUUGCAAACCAUGUGCUUCUGAAGUUUCUAACACUGAUGAUGCUACUAUGGUUGAUGUUUCUCUUACCGACCCUGAGGGAAUAAUAAACAACAAGAGAAAAAAGAGGUGCAAGUGCUGCAACAAAAAGGUUGGGCUAUUAGGGUUCGAGUGUCGUUGUGGGGAUGUGUUUUGUGGAACACAUAGAUACCCGGAGAAGCAUGCAUGCCACGUUGAUUUGAAGGAAAUUGGUCGUCAAGGUUUGGUUAAACAAAAUCCUGUAUGUAUCGGUGAUAAGUUAAAACAUAGGAUUUAAGGAUUGGGUUCGGAUUCAUCGUCCGGCUUUGUCUAUUUGUAUAGGAUUUCUUUCGUUUUAUUUUUCUCCCAAUAUUUUCUGUAUGAUGAUAGGAGUAGAUCGAUAGGUAUUAGGUAUUAUCAACGU